UGAUUGCUCUCUCUUGUCUUUCUGUACACACUGAUGCAAAAUGAUUACCCGCUCUUCAGUUAGCAGGGCUCUGCUGCUCCUCCUUGCUGUAAAGCUCCUGGUUGAUACAGCGCACUGCAAGGAGUCCUCCAAGAACCAUCGUAAAAAAAGGGAGUGGGUUCUCCCUGCAAAAAGGCUUCUAGAGAAUGUGGAUUACACCAAACACGAUUUCAUCGCCCAGAUCGGCUCAGAUCUGGGUGGUAACCUGCGCUACAGCCUGAAGGGUGCUGGAGCUGAUGAGCCUCCCUAUAACUUAUUUGUGGUGGAGGAGAACACAGGAAGGGUCCAGAUUACAGACAUUCUGGACAGAGAGAAAAUACCUAAGUAUGAUCUUGUUGGUGUUGCGUGGUAUAAGAAUAACACCAUUGCUGAGGAAGCUAUAAGCUUACCCUUUGUUGUGGUCGACCAAAAUGACAACCCGCCUGAGUUCAUUAAACCAGAGCCAGCAAAUGUUUACGAAGGCAGUCCUGCAGGGACAUUCGUGACUCAAAUCAUUGCUACGGAUGCUGAUGAGAAAAACACUCCUCACUCCAAAAUUGCUUACAGCAUAAUGAAACAGGAACCUAGUGGCAAGCAAUACUUUGCCAUUGAUAAGGACUCUGGAUUCAUUACAGUAAAGGACUCAUCGCUGGAUAGAGAGGCGACAGACACCUUCACUUUAACUGUAAAAGCCUCUGAUAUGGGUGGAGAUGCUGGUGGCAAUUCAGCAACAACUACAGUAAAGAUCCACGUCCUGGACAUUAAUGACAAUGUACCUACCCUGGAGAAAGAUGAGUAUGCAGUGUCUGUGGAUGAGAAUGUGGCAGAUAUUGAAGUCUUGCGUGUCCAGGCCUUUGAUAAGGAUGAAGUAAGGACAGACAACUGGCUGGCGGUAUUUGAGAUUGUGUCGGGAAAUGAAGAAGGAUAUUUCAAGAUUAAAACAGAUGAAAAUACAAAUGAGGGAGUGCUGUACCUAGUCAAGCCUGUUGACUUUGAGACAGUGUCUAAUCUAAAUUUAAAUGUCGCUUUGGAAAACAAAGCCCCUCCGGGAGACGCAGCUGGGGCGGGGUCUGGGGGCGCCGCUGGUGCUGGAACAGGGGCUGGAGUGGGUGCUGGAGGAGGAACAGGUUCUGGUACAGGUGCCGGGACAGGCACAGGUGCCGGGACAGGCACAGGUGGUGGAGCAGGCGGAGCUGGACGUCCUGGCACAGUUGUUUCAGGAGGGCAACCAGUGAGACCUGGCAUCUACACAGUUGUGAAAAAUGGCAAAACAUACUUGUUAAAGGUGAACGUGAACAACAGGCCAGAUGGACCCAAAUAUGGACCAAAUCCAAAAAUUGUGUCUAUUUCAGAGAACCCUAAAAGCAGCUCCAUUCCAAAAGUUAUUGCUACUUUCCCUGCUAUGGAUGGUGACACAGGCAAACAGGCAGCAAAUGUCAGAUAUGCUAAAGGCCAUGACCCUGGAAACUGGCUAUCCAUUGAUGAAAAUACAGCUGAGAUCAAACUGAACAAGAUGCCAGACAGAGAGUCACCGCAUGUUGUUAAUGGAACCUAUUACGCCAAAAUCCUCUGCAUAACAGAUGAUCUUCCCGCUCAGACUGCAACAGGAACCAUAGCACUGCAGGUAGAAGACGUCAAUGAUAACUGUCCUACACUGCUCAGCAAAGUGCAGAAUGUGUGUAGUGAUACUCCAGCAGUGAACGUGACAGCAGUGGAUCCAGAUGCACAUCCCAAUGGUGCUCCACUACAGUUCCUUGUGAUCCCAGAGGAGACACAAGGGAAGUGGCUGGUCAACAGGACAAGCGGUUCAUCAGCUGUACUGCUGCCACAGCAAACCUUGUGGCCUGGUUCCUACAAGGUCACAAUGGAAAUCAAAGAUCAGCAGGGUUUGGCCUGUCCAGACAAACAAGUCCUCCAAAUAGUGGUGUGCACCUGCUCAGAGGGAGGAACGUGCGGCCUUGUAGAGGCAGGAAAUCCUGCGGCUGUUAAAGCUGCUGCCACAGCCUCAUUUGGUGCACUAGGUAUUGGUGUCCUGCUUCUAGGAUUCCUGGCUCUCCUUUUGGUGCUUGGGCUACUGUUGAGCUGCUCCUGUGGAAAUGCUGGUGGAGGAGGUGGUUUACCAAAAUAUUUUGCUGACAUCCCAUUUGACACAAAAGAAUACUUAAUUCCCUAUCACACCGAAGGACGAGGAGAGGACCGGGAGGUUCCUCUGCUGAGUGUCCCGAUCUCAGUAUUAAAGGCUGAAGCAGCCAAUGUCCAGGCAAGCAUGGCUGUACACAACUCCAAGGCCCUGGACUGUAAUUAUCAGCAGGCUGGUGCGACAGGGAUGAUGUACGAUACUUCAAGAGAAGACAACGCUCAGUAUUUAGAAGAUGACAUGGCCUUGUCUGAUGAGUUUUUAGGGAAAUAUUUUACAGAGAGAGCCAGAUGUGAAAUGGUACAUGCACCUCAAAAGGAAGCUAUGCUAUUUUAUAAUUAUGAGGGGCAGGGAUCUUCUGCUACUUCAGUAAACUCUGAGGACCUUUUCGAGACGUCUGAAGACUUGGAGUUCUUGAAUGACCUGGGGCCAAAAUUCACCACCCUGGCGCAGAUCUGUGGAUUCACAUGCCCUGAACUAGAACCUGCGGAGUCUAAAGUCAUUACAGAAACCAGUUUGUGCAACGCCGCCCAGGUCAACGUGUUUAGAGAGCCUGUGCUCUCAAAAACAAUUACAGAGAGCAGCGCAAGCACUGACAUGACAAUGCACAUUAGCAGUGAAAGAUCUACAGAUGGUUCAAGCUCUAGUCACCUGGUGAAAACCUCUUCAGAAAUAAUUGCUGAAUCACCACCAGCCACCGUGUUGGUGAGUGAAAACACAUCCAAGCAAGACCACAUGCUAGUGGUUCAGGAACCUGUGUACUACAUGGUCGAGCAGGUUCCCAGCACUGUUCUUCUGACAAGACGGGACUCAGCAGGAUUAGGUCAAGGCAUGUUUCUCGUCAAUGGAAUGGGAGGAGCUGAAGGGCUAAUUCUUCAACAAGGUUAUAAUGCAGAGGGAAACCUAAGUGCUCAUCAACACCUAGUGCUUAAUGGAGAUUCAGAAAAGAGUGUCAUCAUCAAUCAAAGUGCACCUAAGAGUAAAUCUGUCCAGCGCCAAACAAGUCUUGGCUGGAGGCAUCAGGGUUCCUUCUCUGGAGAAACUGGGUCAGAGGGUAUAGUAGUGACUAAUGGUCAUUCAGUAGUUGGACAAACAGCUGGUCUUACCAGUGCAGUGGUUGGACAUUCAUCUGGCCUGAACAAUGGAACUCUAAUCAAUGGUGAGCAGCUAGUCAUCAUGGAGAAUGCAGCCGGGCCAGGACAUGUGGUUUUAGGGGAGAGAAUGAAUGGACUUAAUCAAAGUCUCAUUCAGAACGUUUCACCAGCACAGAACUUCAUUAUGUUGCAGGGGCAACUUUCUCCAACACAGCGACAGUCAGGGGGAACAUUCCAAAUGGGCCUCCAAGGUCUAAAUCAUGGAGAGGUUGUGUUGGUGAACGAGAGCGAGCGAGAUAGGAUGACUCUAGUGGAGAAUGCAGGUCAGGUGCUAGUAGGAAGUCAAGCAGGUCAAGCACAAUUACAGCCACUGAAAGUACAUACACUGCAGAGAGAAACCGGGGGAAUAAACCAUGAGGGAGUUGUACUUGUGACGAGUGAACAAGCAAUGAAACAAACAAAUAAAAUUACUCCUGUGGAGGGUUCCCAUCUCCUCCACCCCAGACUUACAGACACACAAGCCUUUCUCAUCAGCCAAAAGAGGAAGGGUACAGUCAGAAGCAGAGACUGGGGAGAGGUGUUGAACAUGACUUAUCUCUGGUUUGGACGACUGUGUCUACUCCUGAUAUUGUACACGACUGUGGCAUCCAAAACUAUAGAUGGUUCCAGGCGAAAGAAACGCGAGUGGAUUCUCCCACCAACAAAACUAGCAGAGAAUGUGGACUACACCAAGAAACCCUUUGUUGCCAAAAUCCGAUCUGAUAAACAUUUAGAGACCACCCCGGUGGAGUACAGCCUGACAGGACAUGGUGCUGACAAGGAGCCAUUUAACCUUUUUGUUGUCAACCCAAAAAAUGGCUUUGUGAGGAUCACAGGCAUACUGGACAGAGAAGAAAUAUCACAGUACAAUCUGACUGGGAUAGCUCGGUACAGGGAUGGUAGUUUGGCUGAGUCAGACAUAAAGCUGAAAAUACAGGUGGAAGAUCAGAAUGAUAAUCCACCAAAUUUUAGGUUAUUUAAGGGCACCGUAAAAGAAUGCAGCAAAAUAGGAACUCCUGUAAUGCAGAUAAAAGCUGAUGACGCAGAUGAGCCAGGAACUAUCAAUGCAAAAAUUGCGUACAGUAUAGUGAAGCAGAUUCCAGAACAAUCUGGUGGCAUGUUCUCAAUUAACAGAGACACUGGGGAAAUCUAUGUUAAACAGCACACUCUCGAUAGAGAGACUCUCGAUUCCUACACAUUAAUAGUGCAGGGUGUGGAUAUGGACGGAGCUGCAAAUGGCAAAACAGGAACUGGUACUGUGCAGAUUAAAGUUUCGGACAUCAAUGACAAUGUUCCCACUCUAGAAAAAGAUGAGUACUCUGGUGAUAUUGAUGAAGGUGCAAUCGAUGUGGUGGUGAUGAGGAUCAAAGCUCUGGAUAAAGACUUGGAGAACACAGAUAACUGGCUGGCACAUUUUGAAAUUGCCAAAGGUAAUGAAGACGAACUCUUCACUAUAGAGACAGACCCUAAAACCAAUGAGGGGAUCUUAAAGCUGGUAAAGCCUGUGGAUUAUGAAAAGGUGAAAGUGCUGGAUCUUGGUUUGGUCAUUUCCAAUGUAGCUCCUUUUAUAAAUGGAACUGCUAUAGCCCUUGGUCUGAAUAUCGAGCUGGAUGGCCCUGAUGGACUGGGAGCUGGGGCUGGAGCUGGAGCUGGUGCUGGAGUAGGAGCAGGAGCAGGGGCAGGAGCUGGGGUAGGGGUUGGUGUAGGGGUAGGUGUAGGGGUAGGGGUAGGGGUUGGAGUAGGGGUUGGAGCGGGUGUGGAUGCUGGAGUGGAUGUAGGAGUAGAUGUAGAUGCAGGUGCAGAUGUAGGUGUUGAUGUAGGUGUUGGGGUAGACGCGGGUGCUGGCGCAGGAGUUAAGCCUGGCGUUAAACCAGGAGUAAAACCUGGUCCUAAACCAGACACUAAACCUGAUACCAAGCCUGGCGUCAAACCAGGGACUAAACCAGGAACUAAACCAGGAACUAAACCAGACAAAAAGCCGUCUCCAGGAGGAAAGAGCUACCCAGUGUCAAUCAGUGUAAACAACCUACCUGAUGGCCCAGGAUUUUCACCAACAGAAAAGGACUUUCCUGUGUCAGAGAACCCAGAAGAACUGGACAUCCCCAUGGUCAUUGGCUCCUUCCCUGCUUUGGAUGGUGAUACUGGAGAACUCAUGGAAAAUGUCAGGUAUGCCAAAGGACAUGACCCAGACAAUUGGCUAGCUAUUGAUGAAGAAACAUCAGAAAUCAAACUUGUGAAGAUGCCAGACCGAGAGUCAAAAUUCCUGGUCAAUGGAACAUACUUUGCGAAGAUCAUUUGCAUGACUCAAGAUGUGCCACCCAAGACAGCUACUGGGACAAUAGCUCUAAAGGUGCAGGAUGCAAAUGACCACUGUCCAGAGUUGACCAGCACCUAUCAGAGCGUCUGCUCUGAUACCAAAAUCAUAAACGUCACUGCAUUUGAUGAGGACGUCGAUCCAAACGGAGAGCCUUAUAAAUUUGUGCUGAUAGAGGAGGAGACUCGUGGAAAAUGGGAAAUGGUUCCUGUAAACGGAACAACUGUGAGCUUCCAUGCCCAGGAGUUGCUAUGGCCAGGCUUUUAUGAGCUGACUGUGGAGAUUUAUGAUGUGAAGGGUCUGGGGUGUGAGGACAAACAGAAGCUUCAAGUUGAGGUGUGUACCUGUGAGAAAAGUGGCACCUGUGGAUCCAGAUCAGCCCAACAGCAAGGCAACGCAGGCUUAAUCGGACUUCCAGCUAUGGGACCCCUCAUUACAGCCUUUGCUAUGCUCAUGAUGGUUCCCAUUUUCCUGCUGUUCUGCAAGUGUGGGUCAGUGGGUGAAUUCACGGAGUUGCCAUUCGAUGCUAAAGAAUAUCUCAUCUCGUACCACACUGAAGGCAUGGGAGAGGACAAGGAGGUUCCUGUACUCAGUGCUCUGAGUAAGACUGAGCAGAGUCCUAUGCUGCUGAGUGGUAAUGCUCCCAGUAUGAUCCAAAUGUUGUCCGGGACCCAGGCCUGUGACAGUGCAAUGUUCAGUCAGGAAUUUUAUGGAGGGAUUAUGGAGAUUGACACCAUGUCUGGAUAUCAGCACAACACCUUCUCGGCUGAGCAAUAUGGAGGAGGCACUAUGUACACUUCAUCAUUCAGGCACAAGACUCAUGAUAUUUAUGAAGGGAUAUCACUGCCAGAUUAUUAUCUUCAUGAAUACUUUUCUCAGAAAGCAAGAUUUUCUGCUGAGAAUCCCACUUUCAUGGACAGUCUUCUGGUGUACGACUUUGAAGGUCAAGGAUCUGCAGCCGGCUCCGUGGGCUGCUGCAGUCUUCUUGAGUCAGGCGAUGACUUGGAGUUCCUAAAUGAUUUGGGAGUAAAGUUUAUGACUUUAGCCGAGGUUUGCAGUCCUCCAAAACCGACUCCACCCACCCAGAAGAUUGAGAAAAUUGUCAAAUCAGUGGAUACUACCAUCAGAAGUGAGGUCUGUCAGAGUUCUGUCACCACCACCAACAGAGUUCAGGUUACAGAAUCUGCUCCUGCUCCUCCUCCACCACAACCUCCACCUCCACCACCACCACCACAGCAGAGCAUGGUGACCAACGUUACAGAGACCAUCAACCAAUCAAGUGAGAUUUCCAGGAUGAAUACUAGUCAGACACUGCUUUUGCAGCAGCAGCCUAUGUACUAUUUGGUGGAGCAUCAGGUACCAAGCGCUAUGAUUCUUGCUGAGACAUCUGCGCAUGGUACGUAUUUGUUAAAUGGAGCAGCAGGGGCUGACGGGCUGAUUCUUCAGGGUGGAAACAUAACACAAGACGCUCUACAACAACAAGGAAUGUACCUGAUUGAUGGAGCAUCAAUGUUGCAAGGAAAUAUCAUGUUAGGCAGUUGUUCAAAUCUUUCAAAUGUAGGUGGCUUGACUUUUCCCACUAUGUUAGUCCAGGGAAAUGGAGCCAAGAAGCCACUUCAGGGUUCACUGGGCUCUAAAGGCCCUCUAUCAAAGGAAUCAGAAAAUGUCACUGGUGAAGGGUCAGGGUAAAGUAUUAAAUGCUCAGCCUUCAGUGAUUCAGGUUCAAACACUGAAUUGAUAUGUCAUUUUUACAAAAGAAAUUAUACGAAAAAGAAGUAAGAAAUGCCAAGAAGAGCAUGUUUGAAGCAGCCUGGUUUCACUGACAAAGGAAGAUAUAUGCUCUCUGGGAAUUUAUGCUGAUUAGUGAAACACAGCUGUGUGUGGUUAUAAUACCAAUACAUUAUAUUGCAUUACAUUUGGCAGAUGCUUUCAUCUAAGGCGACUUAUGUACAUUAACAAUGAUGUACAUUUAGCAAUAGAGGACAUUUUAGGCAGGGCCUAAAGGAGGCCAAAAGGAAAAAGUGGGAUAGAGGAAGGAAGGAGAGGAAGAAGGAAACGAGGUUAGAAGUAGUUAGUUUGUUAGAGGUGUUAGGAGAGUAAGUGCUCUUUGAAGAGCUCUGUCAACGUUAUUUUUAAAUAAUUAUCAUUAUGAUUGGUAAAGCUCUGUCUGUUGUGAGGAAGCUUUUAGAAAUCAAGACAACUUGAUGGCACUUUCUUUCUUUUUUUUUUCUUUUUUUUACAAUAAUAGAUACAAUGAUUGUGUGCUUUUCUAGAUUUUCUAGGACAUUGUUUAAACUGAGAGGAAGAAAGUACUGUAUAUAAGCUUUUUUGCAGAGUGCAUUUGGUGGAAGUUUGCAGAGUGCAAUAUCUUUGGAAAAAAUAUUAGGUUUAUUGGGACUUUUUAAUGGUUUUUGAUAAAACUGGUUUGGAACUGGAA